AUGAGAUUGAUCAACGCCACCACGCUCAAGCUCGAAGAGUUCGUCAACCAUGAACAAGCCCCGCCCUACGCCAUCCUCUCGCACACCUGGGGCGAUGAAGAGGUCACAUUCCAGGAUAUGGCCGACCUAGAGACGGCACGCAAGAAGGCAGGGUUUGCGAAAAUCAAGCACUGCUGCCGCCGGGCCCUGUACGAGGGCUGGGACUGGGUGUGGGAUGACACGUGCUGCAUUGACAAGACGUCGAGUGCCGAGCUGUCGGAAUCUAUCAAUUCCAUGUUCCUCUGGUACGAAGCGGCGGAAGUAUGCUAUGCUUACCUUGCCGACGUCCCUCCGCUGGCCUCGUAUCCGAGUGACCAAAAGCAUCGGCAAAGGUUGGACUUUGUGAGCAGUCGUUGGUUUACGCGCGGCUGGACGCUGCAGGAGCUGCUGGCGCCGGCCUUUCUCGAGUUCUUCGACAGCGGAUGGGGGAUGAUCGGCUCGCGGGAACAAUGGGCGGAUGACAUCGAGAAGGCGACCGGAAUCGAAGUCGACCAGCUGGCCAUCUUCCAGCAGUGCUCUGUGGCGACCAAGCUCUCGUGGGCCGCGAAUCGAGAGACAACGAGGAUCGAGGACCGCGCCUACAGCCUGCUCGGUCUGCUGGGCGUCAAUAUGCCCUUGAUCUACGGGGAGGGCAAGUUGGCAUUCAUCCGUCUGCAGCAUGAACUGACACGUUAUUUCAACGAUGAGUCCAUCUUUGCGUGGGGCUUCCCGUUAGGUAUGUCCUAGAAUCGGGCAUUCCGGCUGUAUUUGGAGAGA